AUGUCCACCACCACCAAGAAGACUGCCCAAUAUGGGGACUGGGAAUCACCAAUAUCAGUAGACUCUAUUGUAUCUAAGACUAGAAGACUUGCCUCACCUAGAGCCAAUCCCAAAUCUGGCAGAGCUUUCUACACGGAAAGUCGUGAAGACGGAAGUACUACGAUUGUCGAGAUCCUCAAAGACAGCAUCAAAGAUAUUCUUGCAUCUGAAUACAGUGCCAAGAAUAGCGUGUAUGAGUAUGGCGGUUCAACAUACGCCGUUCUCCCGGAUGAUCGUAUCAUCUUCUCCAACAAGGGCGAUACAGUUCAUAUCCUAAACCCAGACGACAAGGAAAUUUCCAAACUGACGGGUCAUCCAAACCUGAGAUACUCAAACUUUGAAGCAAAUUUGACGUCGCCUUGGGUUCUGGCGAACCAGGAAGACCAUGAACAUGACACUCCUGAUGGAGUUCGCAACUACAUUGUGGCAAUUAACACUGAAACAGCACAGGUGAAGCGAAUACUUGAUACUGCUGACUUCUACUACGAACCAUCUUUCAGCCCGGAUGGUUCAAAACUUACGUGGCUGGAGUGGAAUCACCCUGAGCUGCCCUUUGAUUCUGCGAGGCUGUAUACUGCAACAUGGAACGAUGGCUCUAUCUCAGAUAUUCGUCUUAUUGCGGGAAAGGAUCGUGAGGGUGUUGCAGAGCCUAGAUGGGGCCCCGAUGGAUCUCUAUUCUUUGGUAAGGAGGUCGGAGAAUACCGUCGCUUGUUCCGAAUACUCCCUGAGAGCGAUGAGCAUGUUGAGAUCAAAGUCAAUGGCAUCGUCAAUGCGGAGUUUGGAGGACUUCGAUGGUUCCAGGGAAGCCACACUUAUGCACCCUUGUCUGAUCGACAUCUCGUUGCCUCUCCGUUUAUUCUUGGAAGAUCCAGAGUGAUUCUCAUCGACUUAGAUUCGGGCUCUUGGAAGGACAUUGGAGACUCCCGACGACUUGCCGAAGUUCAGCUGGAUGCGGUCGCUCGUCUGAGUGAUACUUCAGUUCUCAUUGUUGGGUCUGGAGAGACUAAUGCUAAAGCACUGUAUCGAAUUGAUAUCGAGGGCUCAAGCCAGAUCACACAAGUACGAGGGUCUACAGACGAUGGACUUCCUAGAGAAUACUGCUCUAAGCCUAUCUUGAAGACAAUUCGCUCAAAGGGCAAACCUGAAAGAGAGUUGUAUGGAUUCCUAUGGCUCCCGCACAAUCCUGACUUCCAGGCUCCGGAAGGAGAUCUACCUUCUCUGAUCAUGACAAGUCAUGGAGGGCCAACAUCUUACACCGGUCCUGGUCUUGACCCAAGAACACAAUAUUUCACUUCGAGAGGAUAUGCAGUUCUUGCUUUCAACUACAAAGGCUCAUGCGCUCAUGGGCGUGAAUAUCGUGAAGCUCUCUGGGGAAACUGGGGCUUAGUGGACUCAGACGAUGCCGCUGAAUUCGCAGAUAAUUUGACGUCCAAGGGAGUGGUGAAGUCCGGUGGAGUAGGAAUCACUGGUGUAAGCGCAGGAGGAUACAACACCCUUCGAAGCUUAACCCGUCACCCGAGUACAUUCGCUGGCGGUGUGUGCCUCUCCGGUGUAAGCGACAUCAAACGCUUGGAUGAUUCAACCCACAAACUGGAAUCAGACUACACGGAUCACCUAGUGUUGCAGAAAGGGGUAGACAAGAGCGAAAAGGACAGAAUCUGCCGUGAGAGAAGCCCCUUAUUCGAAGCUCAUAAGAUCACAGCCCCAUUGUUGCUCUUGCACGGAGGUAGCGACAAGAUCACGCCGCUGGAUCAGGCACAGGAGAUGGCCAAUGCUAUUAGGACGGCAGGGGGCGAGGUUGAGCUUAUCGUUGUACCCGAAGAAGGUCACGGAUUUGGACAGCCGAAGAACGUGAGGCUGUGGCUUGAGGAGGAAGAGAAGUGGUGGAGAAAGACGUUGCUGUAG